GAGCGUACCACAUUACUCACGACGUUGGACAUCACUUUGGCUGCGUUUACGUUGGUUUCGAUCGUUGUAGUAGAGACUAAAAGACCACGCUGUCAACGGAAGAGUCAACAAGAGAAGUAUUAGGCAAAGAGAAGAUGUCCUCUCCAACCCAAGCUGAGGAGGACGAUGUGGAAGAAGAAGUGGAGUUUGUGUCUGUACGUAACGUGUCCAUCUAUCUCUGGAGAGAUAGUCCUCUUCGACCAGUACUGGACUGUAUUGACUUGCUGAGUGACAGUGAGGAUGAGGCCUGUUCAUCGUUGUCAGCCACAGACAAAAUCACCCGACAGAAAGCACGCGUUACGUCCACACUGGACCGCCUGGCGCAGCAGGUGGCUCAGGACAAAAAGGAAAGAGCCGCCAAAUGUAGGGCUUUCAAGGAGAAACAAAUCUUACAAAGAGUUCAUGGGCAGCAGGAGCUGGCCGUUACUUCCACAAAUGGGACCAGUCAGGAGGCAAAGCGCUGUGUGGACAUGUGGCUGAAGAUGCCAGGCAGGUUUUCAACCUGGAUAUAUUUCUUUGUAAAUGAAAGCAAAGACAAAAACCUUAAAAUAUUUUGUAGUCUUAAACCAGGAGUGAUCAGUGCUGGCUUUGGAAGAAGACACAUUCCUCCUUCUUUCCCCAGAAACACUUCAGCGAGACACACUUGUCCAGUUAUUAACUGUGGCCGUGUUUAUGACCACACCUCCCUCCUGGAGGGGCACUUAAAAAGGUUUGAUCACUCUCCAUGUGAUCCAGCGAUCAAUCUCAGAGGAAGUCCGCCUGAACUCUUUGCCUGCGUUGCCUGUGGUCAGCAUUUUCAAACCAAAGAGGCAUGGAGGGGACAUGUUGUGUCAAAGGUGUCCUCAUCAAGCCCUGAUGAUCACAGCCUGGAGCAGAGCUACCAGCGGAUUGUGUGUUUUGCCUGCCCUGCCUGCUACCUUCUCUUCAACCUACGCGAUGAGUGUCUGCAGCACAUGUCAGCCAAAAACCACUUCACAGAGUCACUCAGCAUGACUGAGAGCAGAGGAGCAGCACUUCCAGUUCCUGUCCCACAAAUUGCUAAGAAUCGGCUCCUAGCUUUGUGUAAGGAUGUUGCCUUCACUGUCCGCUGCUCCUUAUGCCACAAAGCACUGAUCUCACAUCAAGCGGCUCAAGCCCACUUUAAUGUGCACUGUAGACAUGGUUGUGCUGUGGCCAAGGCGGACAAAACCAUAGUGGAAGUUAUGACACAGCUGCAAGUGCAAGGGCAGUGCUCCCCGUGCUCUAAAUUCUUCCUCAGCCGGGCUGAAGUGGAAAGACACAAAGCAUCACUGCAGCACCACGUGGAGGUCAAUCAAACGAUGGCAAAGGCCCUUCUUCAGUUCAGCAGAUUUACCCAAAGGGCAGCAGAGGCAGAGGACAGGAGACAGUCAGCAGCCAAGAAGAGGAGCAGUUGUGACGGCUCUCCGGCUAAACGGCAGAAACUGAGCCAGAGCGUGAGCGCCAGUGGCAGCAGAGGCUCGGCAUCGGCUUGGUUCUGUGAGUGUGGCUCACGGUUCUCAGAGGAGAGCGCAGCCGGUAAGCAUCUCCUGGCUAUUAACCAGAUCUUCCAUCAGUGUGGGGUGUGCGGCAAACACAUGGGAGAGUCCUCGAUUGCCCGCCUGCAUAUGAGCCGUUUCCACGGGGGGGCGCACCUGUCCAACUUCCUGUUCUACUGCCGAAAGUGCAAAGUGGAGAUGCCCCGAAAGGAAGACAUCCUGCUGCACGUGUCAGAAGCUCACAGCGGUCACACCUACUUCACCGAGAGAGAGGUGCCCCAUGAUGCCGCCACACUGGUGGAAGCCAAGGCCUCCACCAGCCGCGAGGGCCCGCUGCGUUCCUCCUCUGCGUCCAAAAGCCGGCCGGAGCGAGCGGACACUCCCUCCUCCGGGGCGGGCCGCAUGUGGAUGUGCAGGAUGUGUGAGGACAUCUUCGACUCGGAGCGGGCCGUCCUCAAGCACUGCGCGGACGUGAGCAGCCACAGCUUUCAGAGAUUCAUCUGCGGACACUGUCCUCAAAAGUUCUUUAAGGAGUCCACCGUGCGCAGGCACUGUGUGAACGAGCACGACGGGCAGGUGAGGAGCUUCUAUUUCUGCGGCCUCUGCGACAGCAUGCAGUUUGAAUCCGAGGACGAGUUCACGGAGCACUACGUGAGCCUCCACAGUAAGGACUACUACUGUGUGGACGACAGCGAAGUCGUGGAACCUGCCGCUGCUGAAAGUCUCCAGCCUACGUGCCCGUGCAUGAGCUUAGAAGAGAGCAAGCAGAAAAUGAAAGCUACUUACACGCAAUGCAUGAGAAGCCUCGCUGCUGAGGGCAAAUGUCAGUAUGUGUGCGCUCCCUGCAGUCUGUCCGUGCCGUCCUACGCACAGAUGAAGACUCACGUCCACACCAAACACGCAGCCCUCAACCUGGACAAGUCCUUCCAUGUGGAAUGCGGAGCAUGCCAGGAGAGUUUCAAUGGCGUCCCGAGUUUCCAUAAGCACUAUCACACCCAGCACUGCACUCUGGAACCCUGCGCCAGCUCCAGGAUCAGCGGGAAGGACCCCGAAGCAGAACCCUCUGCUGUGAAAGUACUGCAUGCUGUGGAGGUCAAACCACACAGCGCUGAUAUGGAAGACGAGAAGCUGGCAAAGUUUUUAAACAUCAGCCAGGUGACCAAUGAAAAAGAACAACAAGGAUAUGAGUCGGAUGAUGAAAUGAACCACGCCUCGUCUCCAAGCGAGGAUGCAGCGAGAGAGUCGGCAGAGUUGGAAGAAGCUCUGAAAAGAAGCCUUCUGGAGUUCUAA